CUCCUCCUCUCCUCCUUGCUAGACGGAGCUCUGUCGGUCCGUGUGUUGUGUGUUUUUGUAACUAGCCAGCCGUAGCGUUCCUCCUCCUCUCAGCUGGUCAGAAAUGGCAGCGGUCAAGACUCUCAGGAAACUGUGUCAACACACCCGGUAUCAAGUCUGUCAGCUGCACACGUCGGCCUCGAGGCAGGAGGCGGUGGUCAUCUCAGGGAGGAAACUGGCACGUCAGAUCCGAGAGGAGACCCGGGCCGAUGUGGAGAAAUGGGUUUUAGCCGGCAACAGCAGGCCUCACCUGAGCGUGGUUCUUGUUGGAGACGACCCAGCCAGUCACUCUUAUGUGCUCAACAAGACUCGAGCUGCAGCUGAYGUCGGAAUCUCAAGUGAGACGAUUCUCAAACACUCGGAUAUCAGCGAGGAGGAGUUGCUGGACCUGGUCUACAAACUCAAUGCAGACCAUCGUGUCAACGGCCUGCUGGUCCAGCUGCCUCUGCCAGAUCACAUUGAUGAGCGUACGAUCUGCAAUGCAGUCGCUCCUGCCAAGGAUGUGGACGGCUUCCAUGUAGUUAAUGUCGGCCGCAUGUGCCUGGAUCAGUCCACCAUGCUUCCCGCCACGCCCUGGGGAGUCUGGGAAAUUAUCAAACGCACAGGCAUUCCUACUUUUGGAAAGAACGUACUCGUUGCAGGACGCUCCAAGAACGUGGGCAUGCCCAUCGCCAUGUUGCUGCACACAGACGGCCGACAUGAGAGGCCUGGAGGGGACGCCACAGUCACCAUUUCUCACCGUUACACUCCAAAGGAACAACUUUGCCAACACACUAAAAUGGCUGACAUCAUUGUUGCUGCUGCAGGCAUUCCCAAGCUAAUUACAGCAGACAUGAUCAAAGAAGGAGCAGCUGUGAUYGAUGUGGGAAUAAACAGAGUUCAGGACCCCGUCACUGGAAAGAGUAGACUGGUUGGAGAUGUGGAUUUUGAAGGCGUGAGGAAGAAGGCGGGAUUCAUCACCCCGGUUCCUGGAGGGGUUGGCCCCAUGACUGUAGCAAUGCUCAUGAAGAACACUGUCAAAGCCGCCAAGAAUGUGCUGCAGAUUCCCCCGGAGAGAAUCCGCUUGGCUGCUGCGUCCUAAUGAACCAGAGUGGCCCCAGCUGCAGUGACUCAUUCCACCCAACAACACCCCCCACCCCCCUAUUUUUAUUUUUUGCUGUGGAGCGACACGUCUAAGCCCCGGUGCACCGACUGGAAAGAGGAUCGCUUUGAGGCUCUUUCUGCUCACGUAUUUCUGGGCGUCAAGUCCAGCCAUGUAUAGUCUGUUACAUCCUCUCAUGCAGCUGCAUGUUCUUUGUAACAGUAUUGCUCAGUUAUGUUCUGUGACAUUUAGGAAGAUUUUAAAAGAAUCUUGAGAGAUUGUUUCUAUUUAUUGCUACAGAGACACGUUAAAUGUGAAUGCAGUGGUUAUUUAUUACUCAGCCUGUGAGCAGUUAAAGCAGAGUGAUUGAUCCUUGUCUGUUGUCCUUUUUUUUUUUCAUUUAGCCUCCUGUUUUGAAAGUGCUAAGGGCUAUCGUCAUCAGGAACAAAGAUGUUUAUCAGUAUACAAGCUUUAAAGAUUCACAAAUGCCUUUGCAGAACAUUUAAAAUAAGUACUACUUUUAUCUUCUCACAUUAUUGCUUUCUAUGCAGUCAUCACAAAAUAAACAAUGUGGUAAUUAUAUAAUUAGAAAUAGUUGUAACAGAAUUUUUAUAUUUUACAGAAAAAAAAAAUCUGACACCUAACAGACUCGGACCUUUUUUAGGUUAUCCUUAAUUUUACAGCCCUUGUUAAAUAUUAUUUUAAUUUGAUCUGUAUUUUUAUUUUUCAGUUUUCUGUAAAGUGAGACACUGCAGAUCUCAGAGGAACACAUAUUGCAGUGACUGUGUUUGUUCUGAUUCCAUGAAUUUGUUGGAUUUGUUUGGAUCUUAUUUCAGCUUACACUUUAGUGUUUGAACAAGUUAUGUUUGGACAUUCAUCGCUGCUUUGACAAAGCAAUGUAAAAUGAAAAAAAAAAUCUAAACAUUAAACAACUUUUAUAAUAUAUAAA